GGCGAGACGAGCUCGCGGCGGCUGCCCGGCGGCGGCUGCCAGCGUCCGUGUACGGCAGAAUCGUUGCAGCCAUGGGCUGGGAGGCCCAUUUGGUGGAUUUGCUGAUGUGGGUUGGUGACCCAAGGGUCGCUUCGGCGGUCGCCAGCCGUGUCGUACGGCUUUGCCCGGAUCUUGCGCCGGGCAUGGCUGCUACGCUGGUGGCGGUGUUGAGGGAAAAGGGAGAUGCAGUGCUGUCGAAUUGCUGGCCGCCGGUUGUGCAACGUCCGCUGGCAUGCUGGCUGCCUACAAGCCACGUAUCCCGACUGGCUGAGAGCCCUGCUGUCAUCUCUUCUUUUGCGGAAGCGGUGCAGCGAGCUGCGGCAGCUGCAGCUAGCGCCGUCCGGAAUGAAGGAGACCGGUGGAUGCCCUGCCUCCUGCUGCUUGCACGUGUUCUUAUCGCCGCUAUACGGCAACCGUACGGCAGCAGCAGCGCUGGCAGCGGGUCCCAGUCCCCCGCCCGCAUGGCUUGCGAGGCUCUUCAGGAGGGGCUGUGCGCAUGGCAGGACGUCCUUGUGGCUGACGUGGUGGCAAGCAGUAGCGGUUGCAGCAGCGCUGACGGCAGUAGCAGCGGCGGGGCACCGGGGUUCGUGAGGCUCCUGCAGGGGCAGUUGCUGCCGCUGCUGGACGAACUGGGACGGCAGCACAUUGCAGCGCAGUUGCAGCAGCAACCUCAACAGCAACCACAACAGCAGGAAACUUCCAAGCAGCAGAGGUCACAACUGUUACCGUCGUACGCUUCCGUGAUUCAGCUCCGAAGCCGCAUCGCGUUGCUGUCUCUGGCCGUCGGCGCUGCAACCGCCACCGCCACCGCUGCAGCAGCAGCCAAAGGCAGCCAGAUGCAUGGGCUGCCGCCUGACACCGCAGAAUCCGUACAUCGGACUGACCCAGGCGGCUCAGCCCAGGUCCCCCGGGUUGCCUCAGGAACGGACCUGCUGACGCCUGACGGCGUCUGGAGCAACCUAGCCCCUGCAGGGCAUUCCGGCAGCGGUGGGGCAAACUCAGCAGGCGGCCCGACAUCAUCUGUGUUGUUGACGGGCAGUGGAAGCAGUGGCGGCGAUUCGGCAGCCCCACCGGCCCGACCGGUGUGGCUGCUUGCCGCCACUGUUGGCGACAGCCGCACGAAGACCUUCAGCUUCCGAACCUCUGGAAUUGCCUCAGUGUUGGCGCUUCCAGCAAUUAAGAAGCUGGAGGGCUCAGCGGCCUUUGGGCAGUGGCAGCAGCAACAGCAGCACAAGCCCAAUACCACCUCGCGACCCGCGUCGACCCGUGGUUUGCGAGAGGCGCUGGCGGCUGCAGCCGUGGCGCUGCUGACGCCCGGCUUGGCGUCAUGGCUGGCGGUCCAGCGCGACCCACGGGUCGGCGCCGUCGCGGGAGCGGAUCCCUACAGCCCCUUUCGCAUGGCGCUGGCUCUGUUGGAGUUCCUGCAGGUGGCUAUGACAGGAAGUGAUGAGGCCGUCAGGGAGGUGGUUGUUACAGCCGGCGAGGGGGCUGUGGCAGCCCGGGAGGGAGCUGUUGGUGCCGGAGAGGGAGCUGCAGCAGCCCUGACGGAGAUGGCUGUUGAGGGGUCGCAGCUGCAACUGACAGUGCUCCGCAUGUCAGCAGAGUGCAUUGCGUGUGUGGGGGCGGCGGAGCAACAGGCGGCGCUGCAGGAGGUGAUUGUGGCAGGACCGGCCUUCAGGAGCCUUCGAUCCCUCCUGGCGGCUGAUGCCGAUCUCUGCGCCGCCGCCGGCCGAGCCCUCAUCGCCGUCAGCAACCGUACGACAGCCGUGGAGGGCUCCCUGGACCGCCUGGCCCUCAGCGCGCAGCAGGAGGCGCAACGACUCGCCGCCGCCGCCAGGGAGCUUCUGCCGUACGCCGUACUAGCACCGUACGCCUGUGUACGGCGGUUGAUCUUGGACGGCUUGACGCAUGCAGGCCAACAGCCCUGGGUGCUGCAGCUCCUGAGGUGCUUCGCCACGGUGGCGACGGCGCCAGUGGCGGCGGCGGCGUCGGCGUCGCGAGGCGGAAGCUCCGCUCGCGUCGGUUCGACUUCCUCGGCAUCGGUGGUGCUGGCGUGUCUGCAGGAGGUGUUGCGGGAGGCCUCGCGGUUGCUCCGGACUUCAGGGGAUGUGAGGUCGCUGUUGGGGUUGGUGGAUGGGUUAGUGGAGGCGGGGGUGGUGGCGCCCAGGCAACUUCUGGCAGAGCUUGCGAUCGGGGCAUUGGAGACGCGGGAGGGAGCAGGAGCAGCGGCGUCGGCGGAGGUUCGCUGCGCGUUGCUGCUAGUACGGCGUCUCCUCAGUGGUGGUGCUUCCGCCGCGCCGCGAUUGUCGUACUCAACGGCGGCGGCGACGGAGCUGGCAGCGGCGAGGCCGGCGGCGCUGCUGCUAGCGGCGGCGCGGACGCUGACGUCGCUGUACGACAGUUACGAGAGCCGACGUCAGCUGGAUGCCGCCGCCGUCGACGCCGCGGCGGAGGUACUGGAGCUUGGGGUCGAGCUGUACGGCAACCAUCUGCUGACGUCAACAGCAGCUGGCGCCGCCGCUGCAGCAUCUGCAUCGGAGAGGAGAGGGCAGCUGGCGGAGCUGGCGGCUGGCUGCAACAGGCUUCCAAUGCGCAUCGCAGCCAUGCUGCUGCCGCUACUCGAGCUGCCGGCAACAAUCCAGACAGGCGCUGGCCUACCGGAGGAGAACACGGGAGACCGAACCGCUAACGCCGACGCCGAAGACGACGACGACGACGGCGGCGGCGCCAUGCGCGCCCUGACAAGCAAGUUCUUACCGGCGGCGAAAUGGCGCCCACGCAGCCUUCGAAGCGCGGACCCACGGGUCGCUCGCGACGUAGUUUACGACACACUGGCCUUCGCCGCUAGCAGCGACGCGCAUGCGAGUCUUGUACGGCGGGCAUUUUUGGACGCCGCUGUCGAUGCAGACGCAGCUGCCGGGAGCGACGAAAGCGAUCAGAGCGCCAAUGAUCACAGCGUGGUUGGAAUAGCAGACUGCGAUGCAGUUUGGGCAGCAUGGGGUAGCGAGGUGGACCCCCCUCCAGCGGCGGUAUCGGCAGCAGCAGAUGCACGGUACGGCAGCAACAACGCUACAGCCCGCCAUUUGGCGGCCACGGCAGCACGUGGGUUGCCUCAGCUGCCUCCUGCCAUGCUGCUACAGGCGUUAAUCGCCUCGUUAGCCGUUCUGCUGCCCACUGCCACUGCGAAGCAGGUACGGCGGCUGUUGCUGUCAGUGCUGCCGGCGGUUGUGCGGCUCGGCGGCGGUGCCGCUGCGUUGCUGCCGGGCCUACGAGAGGCGGUGGUGGCCUCGCGGCGGACGCAGCCUGGGAGCAGGCCGGACAAGGGUGGAGGAAGGAUGGAGGCGGCGGAGGAAGCGGACUUGUUGGGGAUGAUAACAGAAGUGCUGGGAGCGGAGCUUCCGAGGGACGGACCCGCGGGUCGGCAGCAGUCCGCUGCGGACGUGGCUGUAGCAUGCGGCAUCUCCUGCUGUGCCGCGAUUGAAGCCCUGAACGCUGCGGCUCUAGCAAGAACAGAGGCGGAGGCAACAACUCCAAGCGCGGUCAGUAGCGGCGGCGGCGGCACAGCGGGGACCCGGCAGGAGGAUGAUGACGGCGCCGUUGCGGCCGCUGCCGCGGCUGUGGUGGCGGACCGGUGUGCGGCGCAUUUGGCGCUGUUGGUGACCAGGUUGGGGGCGCUGGCGGCUGAAGUGGCGGCUAGUGGUAGCGUGCGGCGACAGGAGGAGCAGCAGCAGCAGCUGCAGCUGCGACACCAGCUGGAAGGGGCCGGGGAGGGAGGUGCUGGGCGUGUUACGGUGGUGGCGGCGGUGCUGCUGUCGGGGCUGUGUGAAGCUGCGGCGACAGCGGCGGCAGCGGGCGCGGGGUUCGACGUUUGGCAGGCGAUCAUCCUAUCCGUGCUGCAGCACCUUGUGUCGGCCCUCGCUGCGGUGUCUUCCUCCUCCUCCUCACCCUUAGCAGCAGCAGCAGCGGCUACUGCUUCGGAUGCCGCUCCUGCAUCUAACGCUUCUGUCGGGGCUGGAGCAGACACCUGGACAUGCGGCAUGCUGCGGAGUGUGCGACGCACGCUGCGAGUGCUGCCCGGAACCGCACCUGAAGUGCUUUGGCGUGCCGUUGAACGGCUCUGUGAGGAGGAGGAAGAGGAGAAAGAGGAGGGGAGGGAGAGCGGGAUGAUGAACGCGGACGCGGGAAGAGCCGUGUCGAGUGGGUCGCUGGCUGCGGCGCUAGCUGCUUUGGAGGCGGAGGAGGGGUGUUGAGGGAGGGUAGCGAUGGCGGUGGUGCUGCAUGCAGAGGGGAGGGUACCGGUAAAUGUAGUGUUUCAUGCAGGCAGGGAGUAAACUGAGGAGAAGCUGACCAUGCUUUUGGAAAGGCUCCCACCAUGGGGGAAGGGGCUCGUGUGCCAGGAGCGAAAGAGCGCUCAUGUGGCUUCUGACACGCUGUUGUCGACGGCUGUUGAAGCGCGCGUGUCGAGUUGAUCACUCAUGCAGGUUGGCAGUAUAAGGAGACCAGCUGUAACAAGCAAGUGUCGCA